GUAUGGCUAGAAUCCAAGCAUUUAUGUGAUCUAAAUUAUUGAGCAUGCAUCAAGUAUAAAUGAACGUACACACAUACUGAAAGAACUAGAGAGUUCACCUGAAACUUCAAAUAAGCAGUGAGAAAGCAUGGGUCAAGAAGAGGUAAACGCAGCUGCUUCAAAAUCAGGCCAUGUUUUAGUUCUUCCGUUACCUGUUCAAGGUCAUAUAAACCCGAUUCUUCAAUUCUCUAAGCGUUUAGUCUCCAAAGGAAUCAAAAUUACGUUGUUUACCAGUGUUUUCGCCUCUAAAUCGGUGAAGACCGGAGCUGGUUCGGUCUCUGUGGUGUCAUUUUCGGAUGGCUUUGAUGAGACCGGACUUACAAAGUUGUCUGGAGAUAAUUAUAUGGAAAAAUUCAAAGCUGCUGUUCAGAAACACUUGCCGGAAUUAAUUGAGAAGCAAGAAAGAUUAGGGUGUCCUAUCAGGUGGCUGGUGUAUGAUUCUGUAAUUCCAUGGGUUUUACCGUUAGCAAAAGAGCUAGGUUUGCUCGGAGCUGUGUUUUAUACUCAGUCUAGCUCUGUCAAUGCUGUUUACUACCAAGUGUCUAAAGGAUUGAUUCCGUUACCCGUAGAAGGGCCGACAUCAUCGGUUCCUGGAUUGCCUUUGCUUGAACCUCAUGAAUUACCAUCUUUUGUUUACAAACCCGACUCAUAUCCUGCCAUACUUGCCGCAGUUUUGGAUCAAUUCUCGAAUGUUGAUGAAGCAGAUUGGUUACUAUUCAACACCUAUGAUAAGCUGGAGGAAGAGGCGGUGAACUGGAUGACAAAGCAAUCACACACGAGAAUGAGCACGAUAGGACCAACACUGCCGUCAUUUUAUCUAGACAAAAGACUGGAGGAUAACGAUUACGGGCUUCAUCUCUUUACACCGAAUUCUGACACUUGCAUGAAAUGGUUGAACACAAAGGAAGUAGCAUCAGUUGUUUACAUAUCGUUUGGGAGUUUGGCUGCUCUAGAAGAAGAACAAAUGGAAGAAAUAGCAUCGGGAAUUCGGAACUCCAACUACCAUUUUCUAUGGGUAGUAAGAGCUUCGGAGGAAGAUAAACUCCCGAAAAACUUUUUGGAAGAGACGUCUGAAAAAGGUUUGGUGACUACAUGGUGCCGGCAACUGGAGGUUUUAGCACAUAAAGCAGUCGGAUGUUUUGUGACACAUUGUGGAUGGAACUCGACACUUGAGGCAUUAAGCUUAGGUAUUCCGAUGGUAGCCAUGCCGCAAUGGUCAGAUCAAACGACUGACGCCAAAUGUAUUGAGGAUGUGUGGAGGGUCGGCGUUAGAGCAAAAAUAGAUGACAAUGGGAUGGUUAAUAGACAGAGCUUAGAGGAAUCUAUUAAAGAAGUAAUGGACGGAGAGAGGAGGGAGGUGAUAAAGAAAAAUGCUAUUAGAUUGCAAGAGCUGGCUAUUGAGGCAGUCGAUGAAGGUGGAAGCUCUGACAAGAACAUUGAGGAAUUUGCAUCUAAAAUCUUAUGCACUUGAGGACUGUUUACAGUUAUGAACAAUUGAACGUAAAAAAAAAAACUGCCGUCCAGUCAUUUUACGUCCGGAUUUUUAUUUUUAUCAGUUAAGAAUUUGGUACUUUUGAGAUUCCAACUCAUGUCAGUGAUAUCAUUACCAAGUGACUUUAUCGGUAUAUCACAGUGACAUCUUCUAAUUAAGUCGGAAUCUUUAGAACUUUAUCUUUUCUUUUGCUAAUGAAUUAAGAAAAUAAAUUGAAAAGUUGGCAUUUUCUUUCUCCAGCCUUUCAUCUCC